ACUUUCCUCAAUUUCUUUAUCGACUGUGCUAUAAUCUCCUCCCUUCUUGGGAAAAAAAAGUUGAACUCUUGAAAACCCCAAUGAUAUACCUGUAUUCCAGAAUUAGAGAUUCAAGUUUCUAAGCAUGGAAGUCAUCUCAUACAAUUCCCCUCCAUGCUGUAAUUUAAAUCGGAGGUUACUAGCUAAGAAAAGCACAACCAGACAGAAAGUAAAGAUCCCUUUGUGUAGAAAGCACAUAAUUUUGUGCACUAGGGUUCAAUUUAGAAGUGGGUCACUGGAAUUAUCUAAUAAACAUCAACUGUUUUCGGAUAAUGUUUAUCAUGGGAAAGAUUCAAGGUCAUUCAGGGCUCUUGAAGGGUUUAACCAUGGUGAGUCAAAGGUGUUGAGUGGGAUUUAUGAUAGUUAUGUGAUUGGUGGUGAAGAUGAAGUUGGGGAGAUGUCGAAAAAUGGGGAAUCGUUACCUAAGGUUUUGAUUCCAGGGUUGCCUGAUGAGUCCAACGGUGAAUGUAGUGCUCAAAUAUGCAGUUGUUUCUGGGAGUGGAAGCCCAAAUUCAAUGUGCAUUAUGAGAAAUCGGGUUCCGAAAAUGUGAAUUCCCCGCCGGUGCUCUUCCUUCCCGGUUUCGGUGUUGGUUCUUUUCAUUAUGAAAAUCAACUGAAGGAUCUAGGCCGUGAUUAUCGGGUUUGGGCUAUUGACUUUCUUGGCCAAGGCAUGUCAUUGCCUUUUGAAGACCCCACUUCCUCUUCCAAGGAGAAGGGUAUCACUGAAGGGAAGGAUUCGCUGUGGGGAUUCGGGGAUAAAACUGAACCGUGGGCAACUGGUCUGGUUUACUCUAUAGAUUUAUGGAAGGAUCAGGUUCACCAUUUCGUAGAUGAGGUCAUUGGGGAACCGGUUUACAUUGUCGGGAACUCACUCGGAGGAUUUGUUGCUCUGUACUUUGCAGCAUGCAAUCCUGAAUUAGUGAAAGGUGUUACACUACUUAAUGCAACUCCUUUUUGGGGAUUUUUUCCUAAUCCAAUAAAAUCUCCAAGGCUAGCAAGGAUAUUUUCAUGGUCUGGAACGUUUCCUCUACCAGAAAAUGUCAGGAAGCUGACAGAAUUUGUUUGGCGAAAAAUAAGUGCUCCUGAAAGCAUUGCGGAUAUACUUAGACAGGUUUAUGCAGAUCAUUCUAUAAAUGUUGACAAAGUCUUUUCUCGUAUUCUUGAGACAACACAACACCCUGCUGCUGCUGCAUCGUUUGCUUCCAUUAUGUUUGCUCCUCAAGGAGAGCUGUCUUUCAGGGAGGCUUUAUCGAGGUGUCGUAUGAACAAUGUGCCUAUUUGUCUCAUGUAUGGGAAAGAAGACCCCUGGGUAAAGCCUGUCUGGGGUCUUCAGGUGAAAAAACAAGUUCCCGAAGCUCCGUACUACCAGAUCAGCCCAGCGGGUCACUGCCCUCAUGAUGAAGUUCCUGAGGUGGUGAAUUAUUUGACUCGAGGAUGGAUAAAGAACUUGGAAUCGAAGGGUGCGGUUGCGUUGCCUUUACUUGAUGAUAUGGAAAUGGCAAGUAUUCAGAAAAGUAUCAGCAAGGGCUUGGAAUUUGUGAGGGAAGGAUCAAAGAAAUUAGUGAGGGUGCGGAUUUUAGGAUCCAAAUUCUCACUCUGGGACUUUAUCAAAUCAUCCUUCAAAUCCAAGCUUCAAACCAAAUCGCCAUAGCAGAUGAUGUCAAUUUCAGUGUAUUUAUACCCAAGAAGUUGUCAUUUCUUGAGGUUUCGGGUUCGAUCAUU